AUCUGCAGUGACAGAAACGUGGCAGAGUGAAGAGAAAGGAUUCAGUUUGAGAUUCAUCAAAAUGUCUAAUAUUACUGCUUCAUCAAAUGACACCUGCUAUACACCGGAUGCAGCUACUUACCAAGUCCUUUCUGGCUUGUUAACUGUGGAGUUCAUUCUGGGACUUCCUCUCAACCUCUCGGUGCUCUACAUCUUCAUCUUCAGGUACAAAUUCUGGAAGAAUAACAGUGUGUUCCUCUUCAACAUUGUGGUUGCUGAUUUUUUGGUGGUGGCCUGUAUUCCUGUUAAAAUUCACAACUAUCAGAACAAUCUGAGGCACAGUGAGAAUAAUGCCGUUUGCCGUCUGAUGCACUUCAUGCUCUUCCUCAAUCGAGGGGCCAGCAUCGGCUUCCUCAUCGUUCUGUCCCUGGACCGCUACUUCAGCGUCGUCCAUCUUGGGAGGAGAAACUUUGUGAAGGUGUUUAAGAAGUCUCCACUGAUCUCUGUGCUUAUCUGGGUGUUCUUAGUGCCGCUCACCAUACCCACGAUGCUAUCCUCCUUCGUUUGCUGCAACAGCCUCGGCCGAAUUAAAACCACGACUCUAGAAGAUUUUACGGACACUUUCAGAGAGAUCGUCUUCUUCUCUCAAAUCAUCAUCCCCUUCAUCAUCCUCAUUUACUGCACAACUUGCAUCAUCAUUCGACUGAGGAGGAAAUCGAUUGGGGAAAAGGCCAAACUGAGGAGAGCCGUGUUCGCUGUCCUGUCUGUCGCCAUCGUCUUCUCCAUCUGCUUCCUGCCAUGCACGGUGGCUCGGCUGGCGCUGCUGAUCGUGAGGCUGAAAAACUGUGAAGUGCUGGAGGAGGCGGUGGUCCAGGUGUACGACGCCCUCAUGGUUUUGUCCUACGCCGACUGCUUGUUGGACCCACUGGUUUACUGCUUCUGCAACUCAGGCUUUAAGGUGGCUUACAUCUCCACUUUCUUCCCACCAUGUCUGAGGAAGAGACUGCUGAAGUCUGCCUCGACCUCACCAAUGGUCACAACUACAGGAGCUACAGCAACUACGACGACAACUGUAGUCCCAGGGUCUAAACCAAUUUCAUUGCAAAUGAUGGAAAAAUGACUAUCAGUCAAUCUUUCUGGUUUAAAUGUAGCUAUCAUAAAAACUUGAUAACUAUUGCUCCACCCAUAAAGAUAUAUUCUCAGGAACAAAGCUUUAAAAUAUUCUUCCUUGAAAAUGUUAGGAUGGGUACAUAGGAUAUAGAAAAUAUGUUACAUUACAUUUUUUGUAUAAAAUCAUUCAUAGAAAAUGAUAUUUGAAUGUGAUCAGUUCUGCCUAUUUUGAGUUGUUUUAUGAUGUCCUGUCACUUUAAAUCCAAGUAAGCUGUGGCCACGCCCCCCCAACUCAACGUUUACACUUGCCUGGGAAAAUUACUGCAAACCAAUGCACAAUUAUACAACUGUAUGUCUUUGAAAAGCAUAAGUGGAGCCUCCUGCACAACCAACAAGAAUGUAACAAGUGGUUUCUGAAUGAUUACACAAGAACUAAACACUUGUCUCUUCACUGAGGUUGCUAGGUAACAGCAACCUCAGCAACCUGCUGAUUUGUGACGUUGCAUUCAGAAGGUUUUCGAAACAGCCAAUUUUAUAGACACCAAAACAAACAUGAACUUAUUGCCAAAAACAUCUUUAAUAAAAGUUGUUUUAAUGUUUAAAUUGCAGAAAAGUUAGUUUCAACAAACUAACCUGUAAAUACCUGGAAAGUAAUAUAUAAAUGUAUUGUUUGUUUCUGAAAAGUUACCGGUAAGGUCAUUGAUUAUGACCCAUAACUUCCAUUUAGAAAAAUGGUUUGAGUCUCAGAAAGCUCAUUUCUUUUUUCUGUGAAUUUCAGAAAAGUAUCCUGUGUGCUUCGGGUUGGCAAAUGACAGACUUCAGGAAUAUAAACAUUACAUUUCACAAAAUUACUUUAUUAAUUUCAGGAAAGUAACUUCCUGGUAGUAACUUUUUAGUUACAGAUAAAAAACCAUAAGUUCCAAAUAGGGAACAUUUAAGUUCCAGGAAAGCAAAUUGCAAGAAACUGCAAGAAAAAGUAACUUGGGACUUUCAGAAAAGUACCAGCAUCCAGCAGGAUGGGAACCUUUACGAUCAAGGAACUUAAAGCAAAUUCUUUAACUUCCAGUGAAUCAGAGCUUCUCAGUUCCAGUCCUCAGGUCCCCCCUGCUCUGCAUGUUUUAGAUGUGCCUCUAUUCCAGAACAGCUGAUUCAAAUGAUUGCAUGACCUCUUCUGCAACCAUCAAGUACUGCAAAAGGCUCUUAAUAAUCCACAGAUUAAAUCCAGGUGUUUGGCAGAAGGGAAACCCCUAAAACAGACGAGUCAGGAGGCGUGAGGAAACACUGCAGUAAAUUAACAUGCAAGUUUUAUUAAGGUGAUCUGUGAAUUGUAGAAAAGUAACAUCCAUUUCAGAGAGCAACCUGUUUCAGGAACCUAAAUGUAAAAACUUUUAAAUUACGAGGAUUAACAGUUAAAGUUUCAGAAAAACAACAUUUUAGUUUUCUGAAAGCAACUUGUAAGUUUCUGUCAAUAUAUAUAAAAAACCGUCUGUAAGCUCCAGGAGAGCAAACUGAGAGUUUCAGAAAAAGAACCUUUACUUUUUUCAAUUAACUUGUUAAAGUAACAUCAAUUUUGAGGAAAUAAUGACAGUUGCUUUGUAGAUACAGAUAAAGAAUCUCAAGUUUUACAAAUGUAACCUGUGAAUUGUAGAGAAGUACUUAUGUGUGUCAGGAUAGUAACCUUUACUUCCAGGAACUUAAGCCUUACUUUUUAAAUUUUGGUAAAGUAGCCUUUAAGUUUCAAAAAAUAACGUAUUAACUUCAAAAAACAACACGUGAGAUCCAGUAGACUCCCUAGUUAGUAUUAGGAAAGUUUCAAGAGAUAAACCUGCUUGUUGUGCAAUAAUAACCUUUUUAAUUUUUAAGUUUUAAAGUCUACAUUUUGUUUUACUUGUUAAGCUCCUGACUUGUUUUCCAGCUCUUCCUGUAAGGUGUGUAUAAUCCUGUGAUGUUUGUUUCCACCACUGUGGCUGUUUAGAGACGUUUGAGUCGUGUUUAGACCCAUCUCCUCAUUUUUUCUUCUUUUCAUUUGGUUAAAAAUAUAUAAAUUUUUAUGUUCAAAUAAUAUAGUCUAUGAUGUAAAUAUUUAUAUAUCAAAGCACUUAUAUAUUUAUUUAAAUUUAUUCCAAACCAGGAGUGAAAGAGUUGAGAUUAUUUAUGUAUAUUUUGCAGGUUAAUAAAAAAAGAGCCCAGCUCAGUGUUUAAAACUUUUUCUCUUUUCUUUUUAGAGUUAUAAAUGUCAUAAAUGUUAUUUUGUCUCCAGUUUUAAGCUUUGUCAUCACUUUAUUUGACUCUUCAUGUUGUUGAAUCUGUUUCAUGGGCUACAAAAAUGUCAAAUAAAACUUUUUAUGCUUUA